UCUAUGUAAAAUUGUGUUGGCAGGGGAAGAGAAACCUUCUUCUUUUACUUCUUCUUCUGCAUUUCCUUUGGAUAUUUCUACACGCGUUGUUGGAGGAACAAACAAGAUGCAAAUUUUCGUGAAAACCCUUACGGGUAAAACCAUUACCCUUGAGGUGGAACCCUCCGACACUAUAGAAAACGUCAAGGCCAAAAUCCAAGACAAAGAGGGCAUCCCUCCCGACCAACAGCGACUCAUCUUCGCCGGCAAACAGCUUGAAGACGGUCGUACUCUCUCUGACUACAAUAUCCAGAAAGAGUCCACACUUCAUCUGGUGCUCCGUCUGCGUGGUGGUGUUAUUGAGCCUACUCUGCGUAUCUUGGCGCAGAAAUACAACUGUGACAAGAUGAUCUGCCGUAAGUGUUACGCUCGUCUUCACCCCAGGGCUACCAACUGCCGCAAGAAGAAAUGCGGACACACCAACAACAUCCGCCCUAAGAAGAAGAUAAAGUAGACAGUUACUCUUUUUUUCACUCACUAUCCGGGUCAAGAUUUUAUUCAAAUUCAUGUUAUUUUAUUUUCAACAUGAGAUGUUUUAAACAAACUUCAUGUUUAUGAAUAAAGACUUAAUGUUAACCUGA